CAAACAAACAAACACUCAAAUUCGCCCCUAAUUUAUGUAUCCUCAACAAACUUUUACACCCUGUUAUCUGAUAUCUGCAUUAAUUACGCCGGCAAUAGAAAGCCAUCUUAAAGAGGCUUUCUUCAAAAUGGCGCUUAUUUUAGACGUCAAGCGUAUGGCUUUCGAAAAUAAAGUCCACAUGUAUUUCUUUUGUUUAAGUGAACUUGUUAUAACACAUUGAACAGUCAGUAAUAAUAACACGACUAUUCAAUGUGUUAUUGUGUUCACAAUAAUUUUCGAGUGAAAAUGGGUCAAAGCAGCUUUUAGAAAUACAAAUAUUCGUGUUUUCGUGACGCCAGGAAACAGGCAAAUGUAGUUCUUUGAAUUAACUCCUAAAUAAAAUGCUCAAAAGAUAAUUGUCGCAACCAAACCACAUUUAUCUCGGUCAAAUUAGAUUUUAUAUAACCAAGUACUUGUAUGAACUAUUGUGUGACUUCUUGACUGAUAACGGAGGGAAAGUAAUGUUUACGGGUGAAAAUAAGACUACAAAUACCAGACAACACAGGACGCUAUUGCAUGUUCUGAGGGGGACUCUACAACAACAUUCUUCUUUAACCAGUCUUCUGUCAGGGCGUUAUCAGCUAGGUUUCUGACUGUUAUCGUUAGGGUUUUGUUUACUAGUAUUUGCGACCAAUAGGUGUGUUUACCUUUCUAAUUUGGCUCUCGAGGGAAGAUUGAAACUGUUCACACCACGGUAAAAUCGGCGUCAGCUGUUAGGUAAGGUAGAGCUGGUUAGCUAUCUUACAUUGGCUAGCAGCUACCAGUAGAUUUACGGCUUAUAUCCACAGCUCCCUGCCAGGUGGAUCAGCCAAUGCUGGGCACUGGUCAGCCACAAUGGUUUGGACAGUUUGUCGUUUUCUGAGUACUGGCAUUGGUAAAUAAUUUAACUGGUUUAGGGACAAUCGACCAGACCGUUUGGCUUGUGCGCAGUCUGGCUAGUUUGGCCUGUUUCAUUGUCUCCGAACAUCGAAAACACACAAGUUGUUUUUCACUGCCGGUAGGUUAUCUGGCUAGUUAGGCUAACGUAACGUAGCCGUGUAAACAAAACCGUCAUCUGUUUACUCCAGAAUAUCUUGAAAGCCACCUAGUCCAGCAUGGCGCAACACGACCCCUCUCACGUAGCCAGUUCACAGAAAGCACUUAUGCUGGAGAUGAAGAGCCUUCAGGAGGAGCCUGUUGAGGGGUUCAAAAUAACACUGGUCGAUGAGGCUGACUUGUACAACUGGGAAGUGGCCAUUUUCGGCCCCCCUAACACUCAUUAUGAAGGGGGAUAUUUUAAGGCCCGGAUCAAGUUCCCUCUAGAUUAUCCGUACUCGCCACCUACCUUCCGGUUCCUCACAAAGAUGUGGCACCCCAACAUUUAUGAGAAUGGAGAUGUGUGUAUUUCUAUAUUGCACCCUCCAGUGGACGACCCACAGAGUGGAGAGCUGCCUUCAGAGAGAUGGAAUCCCACCCAAAACGUCCGGACCAUUUUGCUGAGUGUGAUCUCGCUUCUGAAUGAACCAAACACCUUCUCUCCUGCUAAUGUGGACGCCUCUGUCAUGUACCGUAAAUGGAGGGACAGCAAGGGCAAGGACCGGGAAUAUGUAGAGAUCAUCAGGAAGCAGGUUUUGGCCACUAAGGCAGAAGCUGAGCGCGAUGGUGUUAAAGUUCCCACAACGCUGGCCGAGUACUGUGUUCGCACACGGGCUCCUGCCCCGGAUGAAGGCUCUGACCUUUUUUAUGACUAUUACUAUGACAACGACGAUGUGGAGGGUGGGGACGGCGACUGCUGCUACGAUGAGGAUGACUCGGGCAAUGAGGAGUCGUGACAUGCUUUUUGACCACACCACUAAUUUUGCUGACAUGUGCUACCCCCUUUUUUCUGCCUGGGUUGCCAGAUAUUUUAGGUCUACACCCAAGAAAGAUUUGAAGCUUACCAGGUUUAAACCAAUGAAAAGAGCUGUUUUCUCCUCGCCCUCUGAAUUCUUUACGGAGGUUGAAUUCAGUGCACCGUUACAGAAGGGUCCAACCUGGUAAGAUUUGCACCAGCAAAAAAAAGUCCCCAGUUUCUUCAGUUGUUUUUAUCACCACCUAAAACCUUAAUUUUAGACAAUAACUUAACUUUUACUUAACCCUAUUGAGUUAGUUGUUCAGUCCCCCUCUACAGUGAAAGUUACUGUUGGGUUAAUACCACUGUCAACAAUAGCAACAUUUGCACUGGUGCAAACACUUCCAAACAUCUCUCAACCUCUCUCCCUUGCAUAUCUUUACUUCCCUAAUUUUAACUGGGUGUUGCUCACCAGUGGUUGUUCUAAGUGACUGACAGAUAAUUGAGGACUGCAAGCUGUGUAAUGCAAGUAACAUCGAAUAUGACAUUUCCGAGUUUCGCUGUCUGUUUUCGCUUGAAGAGGACAGGACAUGCAUUAUCAUGGGACAGUGUUUUCAAAGUUCUUGUGCAUGCCAGAACACCUUUGGAAGCUUUUUGUCUCUUUUACUGGUGGACUAUUCACCUGCAUCAUGAUCCGUUUUCAGCUCUGUCAUAACAAAGACUUGCGAUAAUGGCGGACUCUCUGUUUGGAGGAACAUCUGGCGAGCUGAGUCAGUGGGUCAAAAUCCCUGUGAACAUUUUUGCUAACAAGAAGUUGAUCUUUGCUGUGUUUCUUAUGGUUACUGUUGGAUGUGUUUCUGUCAUUUUGAGUGUGGUAUUAUGAUAUUUGAAGUAGCCGUGUAGGAUGACCAUGUUUUUCAAAGAGGGCAGAACUAAAUAUUGAUCCGAAUUGUAUUUCUCCUCAGGUUUGCUUUCUGAGCAUUCUGAAGGAGCCAUAGAGCUAAAGUGAUGUAAAAGAAAGCCCAACACAUUUGAUGAUGUUGUAUUCUUGUCUUUGUUUGCAAGCUUUUAGAAUCUUUCUUUGGUUAGACAUGCCUGCAGUCUUAGCUUGAGAAUGAUUUAUGUGAUGAGAUUAUUAGGUUUCAUUGGCAAAAAAAAGUGUCUAUAGGAAAAGUGUCUGUCAAAAGAUGCUGUUGAAGUGUCAUUCAAGAUUAUCAGUUUUUAAGCCCUAGAAGUCUGUGGAUGUGAAGAAUGUGACCGCCAUGUGUUACCUUAUUUUCUGUUUUUUGUGUUUAGUUGAGAGUGGAUGAGUUUUGUUAUCAUUUUCAGUGUGUCUGUGUGUCCUCUCUGUGUUUUUGCAUAAACAAUGUUGAUUGUUUCAUUUAACUAAAUUGGGACUUCAAUACUGAAUUUUUCUCAGGAUAAUGAAAUACAUAUGGCAUAACAAUUAACGUAAGCAGUGACUUUCAUCUGAAGGUGGUCUUCAGCUUCAACAGCAACCAUAACUGAUAUGCAUAUGUAGAUGUAUGGAUGAUAACCGUGGUGUUUUAUUCACCUCUGCUUUUUUAAUUUUCAGCUAUUUAAAAAUAAAAGUUUAUUGGGGAAA